GGUUGGAUUAGGCUGCAGAUUCAUUCAGUAGAGGAAUGUGGUUUCCUCUAGAUAUACUCGGUCGUCCGGUUUUUCUUUGUUCUGAGUCAAUGGAUAUCGUUUUACGUUAAUCCCCCACCGAAUCGUGGAUUGAGAUACAAUGGCUUCCGCAGGGAAGCCUGCCCUGGAUGACUCCCGCCGGGCGACGGGAUCACCUAAAAUGAAGGCACGAGAGAAUGCGAAAGAUACCCUAUGUCGAAAUGUGACCAUAUACGGUCGUUGUCGAUAUGAAGAUAAAGGAUGCGCCUUCAAUCAUGACCCGCAUAAAGUGAAUACAACAUAUCAAUCCGACAGUAGAAGACGGUUGAACGUCGACUCCCCGAGCUUUACUCCCUCCCUACUAUCCUCCAACGGCUCUUCGCCAACUACAACUGCAGUUACAGCGAAGAAAGCCGCAACAAUAUCCCCCAAAGCUGCCAAUGCAGCUCCGUUUCAACCAAGGAAUAUAACUUCACGAUCCAAUACCAGCACCCCGUCGGGCCGUGCUGAAACAAUGACGCCGGACUGGUCUGUGGCUGAAGUGCAGGAAUUCGUGCCUCAGGGCUUCGAUACUACCCACAUGGCCUCUCUCCAAGGAAAUAGUAACGGUGGUGUUCCUUCGACGAGCCCAUUUGACCCUUUUGUGACAGCUUCGAACCCCCUUUCCGCUGCGAGUGCGGUCGGACCAGUCCAGGCAAACCCUUUUGCACAUGAUACUGCGGCGGCUGCUGCUGCGCUGGGCGGCGCAUUUUUCGCCGGACAGUCUGGCUUCCAGCAACCAGUCCAGUACCAUUUGUACGCUCCUAUUGGCCCUCAUAGCCAAAACACGCUGGGUUACCAACGGAAUGUUCAUGAUCUUUUCCUUCCCAAUGACUUCCGGGAGGAACUGCAGAAGAAAGCCGCAGCUACACUACAAACCUUGCCAAACACCCAACUACCCGCUCAAGUCGAUUACUUCCAUUCCCUUGUCCCAUUGGACUUAAAUCAUCAGAAGAACGCAACCAUUUUUGGCUUCCCCAGUUGGGUAUACAAAGCGCAGUCCGGCAAAGAUGGUAAUUUCUAUGCUCUUCGAAGACUAGAAGGUUUUCGCUUGACAAAUGAGAAAGCGAUCCGAUCGGUUCAGGCGUGGAAACGAGUAUGUAAUGGAAGCGUAGUAACGGUCCACGAUGCGUUUACCAGCAGGAGCUUCCAAGACAGCUCGCUGAUCUUUGUCACUGACUACCACCCUCUCUCCAAAACACUUGCCGAACAACACUUGGGUGCUGGGAAUAGGUUUCAAGGUCGGCAUAAUACGCACAUUCCGGAGCAGGUCCUGUGGGGGUAUAUGACCCAGAUCGCAAACGGCCUCAAGGCCAUCCACAGCAACGGGCUUGCCGCAAGGAUUCUUGAUCCCAGUAAAGUUCUCGUCACCGGCAAGAACCGCAUUCGCCUGAACGCCUGUGCUAUCAUGGAUGUGGUCCAGUAUGAUACCCAGCGGUCAAUGGCAGACCUCCAACGCCAGGACCUGGUUAAUUUCGGGCAACUCAUUAUGACUUUGGGCGCCAAUACGCCCAGUGUCAUGCAUAACCCCACCAAAGCUAUGGAGCAUUUCACCCGUGCUUACAGUCCACAACUCAAAAAUUCGGUGUUCUGGUUGCUAAAUGGACUGCAAAAGGAUCAAGACCGAAAUAUUGACAUCUUCAUAACUGGCAUUUCUUCACAAUUAAUGUCAACAUUCGACUCAGCGCUUCAUAUGGAUGAUGAACUGACGUCGGACUUGAGCCGGGAACUUGAGAAUGGCCGUUUGGUCCGUCUGGUGACCAAGUUGAACUUCGUCAACGAGCGGCCGGAGUAUGAGCACGACCGGCAGUGGUCAGAGAACGGGGAGCGAUACUUCCUCAAGAUGUUCCGCGACUACGUUUUCCAUCAAGUUGAUGCUCAGGGUGACCCGGUCGUGGACCUUGGUCAUGUGCUUUCCUGUCUGAAUAAGUUGGAUGCGGGCACCGAUGAGAAAAUCACCUUGGUGAGUCGCGAUGAACAAAGUUGCUUUGUCGUUAGCUACAAAGACAUCAAGAAAGCAUUGGAGUCGUCAUUUCAGGCGCUCCUGAAGCCAACCAGAAGGCUUCAUUAAACAGCCCUACCGAGGGCCAAUUCCAUGAUGGAUUUUUUCCCACGCAGGGGAGACUACUUAUAUAUGCGGACGGAACUAGGUUAAGGAGAUAUCUCGUAUGAAAUGAUCUGGCGAUGUCUUUGCACAUGGUUCUUAUUUUGGAGGAUACAUUUUUAGAAACCUGCUCUCAGAAGACUGAGUCUCACGGCCGACUUACCAAUGCUUUAUCUGUGCGGAAAGCUGGAAUCAUACAAAUCUCCGUGUUGAUUUUAUUGCAACCUGGCAACUGAUGUUUGCUUGCUUUGAAAAUAUGAUGCCAUUGAUAUACGAACCAAGAUACAGAUGCAAUUGAUUACAGACAUAUCACAUUACUGGAAUUGACUCGG